AGGGUGUUAAAAUGUUUAUUCAAUAAUUAAUUGAAAACUGAUACCUCCCUAUAUUUUUUUUUAAUGUGAACACCAAUAGUUCAGAAUCAGUUCACCGCCACGCCAAUGGAUGGCGCUUGAGCGCUCCUGUGAAGCACACCAUAGAGACUAGUUUUUUCCCGGGUGCAAUCUCAGAAGUAAACUGACGCACCAAAGGAACGACACUCAUUUUGUCUGUCUCUUUAUUUAUUCACAGUGUUUUCACAGAUACACAGUGCUUCACUGCCUGUGUGUCCUUUGCUGCCAGCCCAGAUAUCCCCUAGGUCUGAGGCCGGUAACAAUUGGGGGCUGCGUCCGGGAUUAGCACAUCUCGCCUGGCACUGUUGUCAUAGUAACGUGGGAAUCCUGCACCCAGUGUUUCAGGGAAGACUACUUCGCCAAGUGUCAUCCAGAGAACAACUGCCACAGGUGAUGCAUCAGCAUGACUACUUUAAGCCCACGGCGAGUGCUGCUCUUCAAGAUCCAAAAGAAGCUUUCAGAUUUGAGUUUUAGUCAGCUGCAGACUGUUGCAAGUUCGAUAGAUGACGGUCGUAAAACUUACCAGGUAGCAGAUCUAAGUGAACCCGAACUUUAUGACCUAAUUGUCGACUACAUCAGAAGUGAUGAGUUAAAAGCUGCAGAAGAUGAGGGCAUGACUCAACUUCUCCUCCUUUCUGACCUACUUAAUGACGUGCUAUCAGCUGCAGGAACCAGAGCCGCGGAAUCGGGUAAUGUGGCACCUGUCUUGAUGGGAGAUUCACCAACACAGCAACAGGGUCACACUCCAACUGAUGACGAUGGAGAAGUUUGCACACAACCGUUACACAUGGACAGAGACACUCGCACACAAUCAUUACACAUGGACAGAGAAACUCGCACACAAUCAUUACGCAUGAACACAGAGACUGAAAUGCACUCAUCAUUUCAGGGCAGAGACACCUAUGCACUUACCAGAGAAGUCACCUCAUCAACGCCUGGUAUGCCAGAAAUUGGUGCUGCUCCUUUGGGUAGGAUGAAAUCAUCUAACAUUGCUGACCAUGUUGUAAGAUUGUCUGAUGUUUCAGCUUUGUUACCACGUAGAGAGUUUAAGUUGCAUGGUGGUCAAAUUUGUGAUACAGGCUGUGACAUGUCUUUCAAUUGUCUCUGUAAGCAAAUGGAUCAAGGGUUGCAGGAGGGUUUCAGUGAGUCUGAGAUUAUCAGAGCAGUCCUUAAGAUAACAAAACCUGGUACAUUCAGAGAGAUGUUGGUUAAUAAGGAUGAUCUUACUGCUGAUGGGUUGAAAAGAUUUCUGCGCUCCCACAUUAGAGACAAAAAUCAUCUAGCCCAGAUGUCCACCCCCACUGAGGCUGUGAAGCUGAAAGACUGCCACUCACCUACUGACCGCACACAACCACCAUGGUCUGAGACCAGAG